AUGACCAAGGUUAGCGAGAAGGUAGGGUCAACAUUGGCAAAGAACGAAGAGUUUCGUGGGGCAUUGAAUGCUAUUGUGUGGAAUGAGAAACUUAAAAUUGAAGAGUUCGAGGUUAGGUGGCAUGAUGUUAUGGAGAAGUACGGGCUUAGUGAGCACAGAUGGUUCAAGCAAAUGUUUGAGGUAUGUGAACUUUGGAUUCCUGCAUAUUUCCACAACGUCUUCAUGGGAGGGUUAUUACGAACUACAUCACGGUCAGAAGCAGAGAAUAGUGUAUUCGGGAGUUACAUGAGCCAACACGCUAGCUUAGUGGAGUUUUUCUUGCAAUUCGAGGCGGCAAUAGAUACCCAGCGGCAUAAACAAGCAAAGCUUAAUGCGGAUUGUGAAAGCAAGUUUCCAGAGAUGAAAACCCCGUUGAAGAUCGAGCGGCAUGCCGCAUCUAUUUACACCAUAGCUAUUUUUUAUGAUGUGCAAGUGGAGAUUCAUGCGGGGUGUGUCACGUCUCGAAUCGUAUCUAAGACGGGUGAGGACGAUUCUAUACAUUUCGUGGUUGAAGAUGGUGAUGGGGGAUUAUUCGAUGUGUACGCGAAGAAUGAUGACUUGUCAUUUGAUUGCUCAUGUCGAAUGUUUCAAAGGGUUGGGUUGUUGUGCAGGCAUGUGUUUGUGUUGUUAAAGGAUUCCCGCGUAGACAUCAUUCCGCCUCAAUAUAUUGUUGCAAGAUGGACUCGAGCCUACGGCGAGGUGUGUAGGGAGGACAACAUAGGUGUUGUUUCGGAUGCAAAUUCUGCACUCACGCAAGUAUGGAAUGAGUUUUACAACUGUGUCGGUCGUGCAUGUGGAAAUACCGACCGCCUGUUGGAGUUGGCAACAUUAUUGAAAGCUCAUAGUGAGACAUCCACAAAUGGCAACCCGGCUAUUACCCCAAGUACUGCUAAGGUAAGUGUUAUCCAUUCGUUCUGUGGCUCGCCAACGUCAGCCGAUCAGGUUGUUCGGCCACCUAAGAUUGCUAAGAAUAAAGGGUCUGGGAAGCGAUUGAAAUCGACAAGAGAGAAGAUUGCCGAGAAAGCAACUAAGGCUAAACGGUUGUAUAGGACUUGCAAGCAGUUAGCGCACCAUGAUAGUCGUAAUUGCCCCGAGGCGUAG